AUGCAAAGAGGUUUUCGAGACAAUGGUCCAAAGUUACGAGAGGAGAAACAGCUCGAAGACCUGUACUGUGAUCUUGACAAGGAUACCCUUAUACCAAUCGUGCGACCCGACCAAGAUGCCCCAGGAGAUGCUCCCGAACUGGACAAUGGUCAUAGUCGAGUUCUCAACGAUGAUAGAGGACACCUAAAACAGCUGAUAUUCAACGGGAAGACAACUUUAGAACGAAUCAGACUACAUCAUAAGAGAACAAGAUUCAAAAAGUGCAAAUACUCUAUAUCUCAAUUGGGUGAUGACAAGCAGGUGAAUCAUCUGCUUGGAAAGAAGAGCAAGAUUUCUAGCCAGGGAGGUAGUACUUUCAGCGAGGAUCAGACGCCCUAUCUGAAUAAGUUCUCAGCUCCAAUAGGUACAGCAGAGGAAAUAUUAAAACUACCGGCCAAUCUUGAACAGAUCUCCAGCAACCUGACUGACCUAGUGGUUGAAUACGAUAUGGACGAACAGGACGAUUUGUACUUGCAGUUUCUCAACGACAAAUGCUGUCAGAUGAAGAUGAACGAGGAAAUCUUCGAGCUGUUAAUUAGUGCAGUGGAAAAGGAAUGGACCCAUCUAGAAAAACUCAUACCACCGAAAUCCCUAGUAGUCGAAGAAUCACCUUCUGGCCAUCGCUCAGAGACCACCAGACUUCACUAUGAGCUAUUCGGCUCGGAUGAUGGGACAGAGAGAACUACAGACCAACCCUGUGCCGUGUGCGGUGGUGCAGAUAGUGAUAACGCCAAUGCAAUCGUUUUUUGCGAUGGCUGCGAUAUAGCUGUUCACCAAGAAUGUUAUGGUAUAGUGUUUAUCCCGGAGGGCCAAUGGCUUUGUAGAAGAUGUUUGGUGUCAAAAAAUCGUAAAGUUAGCUGCUUAUUCUGUCCAAGCCACACGGGCGCCUUUAAGCAAACUGAUACGGGAUCAUGGGCGCAUGUCAUCUGUGGUUUGUGGAUUCCCGAAUUAUACUUUGCCAAUCUACACUACAUGGAACCGAUUGAAGGCGUUGAAAAUAUCAGUAAGUCAAGAUGGAAACUCGUCUGCAGCAUCUGUAAGCAGCGUACGGGUGCUUGCAUCCAAUGUACUAACAAGAGCUGCUUCACUGCAUUUCAUGUAACAUGCGCCAAAAGAGCUGGUCUCUACAUGAACUUCGGAGGCGCUUCCAUCAGUGAGGUCGCCUCCAACCAGGCUGCUGGCCUACGUAUGCUAAGCUGCUUCUGCAGAAAGCAUUCGCCUCCGGGAUGGCCAGACACAACAAAAGGUAUUUUACAAACUAGACGCUAUUUCGCUGAGUACAAUGAUAGUGAGAUAUCGACAAACCUGCAUCUCAAUCAAGGGAGAGGAGGCACCAAAUUUGGCUCUGCAAACAACAAGUGGAAGACUAAUAGAGGCACCCCUAUUGCUCCGAAUAUAUUUGCUGAUCACCUCAGUAAAAUAAUUGCAUCAUAUGGCAUACCCAAUGCAGAAUCGACAGCGUACAACAUCUGUAAAUAUUGGUCGAUGAAAAGGGAGUUAAAAAGAGGCGGACCAUUAGUAAGAAAGUACGAUCCUAGCUCGUCCAACCUUUUGAAUGAGGCGCAACUGCAGGAGAGAAUUAAUGUGACCGACAUUUUGUUGAAAGACCUUCAGAAGCUCAGAGAGCUUUCCAGCCUAACCAGAAAGCGUACAUCAUCGUGGAACUCAAUGAAGGAAGUCUCUUACCGCGUCGAAUGCCUGAGCAGAAACCCUGAAAGUUAUCUCAUGAAGGAGGUCGUGGUCGAUAAGUUCUUGGAGUCCGAAGUUUUCAAAAAGAUCGAACGCUCAUUAACAGAUAAUACUAUGAUCUCGAAACUGAUCGAGUGUAAAUCAUAUGAUGUACACAGUAAUGAGAGUUGGGAGGUUUUUCCUUCUAGAAUGAAUACCAUUCUUUCUUCCCUUGAGGAGGAGCCCUCUUCGACAAGAGCUUUUCGAAACCUUGUGAGAAAGGCGAGGACGUUAUUAGAGCUGCUGUUAGGGAAGUUUGAGACCGCGGAUGUUACCAAAAGACUUCACGAGGAUUUCAUUAUCGAAGGAGACAAGGUAUUAGUUAGACCCUGGAAAGGCCAGAUUCUAAAAGAGCAAGAAGAAUUGAGUGAUGUUGAAGAACUAAAGCCCCAGGAAGUCAAACUACUUAAGAAGUUAAUAUGA